GCCUCAUCAUCAGCCUCAAUACCACACAACAACCUCACCAGCUCCAGCUGAAUGCGCUUGUCUCCCGUUGGCUCUGCAUCAUACCUAGGUAAAUACAAGUUCGUAGCCAUCACCACGUACAGGUGGGAGUUCGACUUUGCCAGCCCCAGAAUGGAUCCUCUGUCCAUCACAGUUGCGGCUCUCAGCCUCGUGACAGGCAUCAAAACCCUCCUCGUCUCAAUCCAUGACUUUACCAGCAAGUUUCGAGACGCACAAAGCGACCUCAACUUGGUCAAAAAUGAGCUGGAAUCGAUUCAAUAUGCUCUCAAGUUUUUUGACGGAUAAAACCCACUUGGUCCCGAAUGAGCUCACAGAGCAGUUUUCGGGAAUAAUUACUCAGACACGAGAUAUCGUUGGUCAGAUCUCAACGUCGAUUGUUGAGCAGAGCACAGCAAGGAUAUCGCGUCGUCUUCGGUGGGUUGUAAGUGGUCGGGAAGAUAUAGAAAAUUUGCGGUCUAGCCUCGAAGCUCACACAACGGCGUUGAAUCUCGCGGUAGAUUGUCUUGCAUUAUGCAACACGGCUGCUAUUCAAUCAGCGACUACCGCCAUACGACAGGAGGACAUUCCUCGGAUUCUGCGUGAAAUCACCCGACUUCGUAUAACUGUCGAGCAUAGUCCAAAUAUUAUCUUACAAAGGUACAUGGCAGAUGUAUCUGAGUAUGCAGAAUCAGUAGUCGGAGAAGAAUCCAUUGCUGGUGAUUACACAAGCCGUGGAGCGGCGGCCGUCUUUAAGGGCGAGUUGGAUAUGAUCGAUGAUAGCUACGAGGGAGGACCUUUCCCAAAGUCACUGACGCAAUCCUCUGGGUCUGACAGCUUCAGUAACCACCCAAGCAACAUUCGUUCUAGUGUCUCUGCAAUUCGUGUGGAAGACAGGGAUUCAGCAAGUAUGGUGAUGCCAGACUUAGUUCCCCUGGGCGUGCUCAACUCAGAUCCUGUAGUCACUCCGACUUCACAUCGUGAAAUUGAGAGCUUGAAAUCCUUUUCCGCGACGAAAGGCUCACAAUCUUUUGAAACGGAACGGCCACCUUCUGAGGUAGUUGCUGAAAUCAUCAAGUGUGACAGAACCUUUUCCCCAGACAAAUCACUUAUCGAAAGCGCCGAGAUCCAACGACGAUUUCUGAGGGAAGAGGACCGCCUUGCGCUAGACGAAAGUCUUUGGAGAAUUGCUUAUGACCCUGGCUCCCAGAAAAGAUCGGUUGAGCUCAGAGCUUGUUUGGCCGCUGGAGCUGAUCCUAAAAGUGAUAAGGAGGUCGAUUGUCCUGGCCUUCUCAACACGCGAGGCCUCGUAUGGAGAAUGGUGUACGUUGAAGACAAUGAGUCUUUGAAAAGUGCUCUAUUGUUCGGCGCUGAUCACUCCCUUACUGCCAGCACAGCAGAAAGAACCUCUAUAUCUCCCUUGUACUAUGCGGCAACUCACUUCAAUCACGAAGCUGUAGAAUUACUGCUCCAUUCGGGAGCAGACCCUCGCAAACAUGGUUCUUUUCUGGAUAUUGCAUUCGCAGCAUUUCGAGAUCUGAAAGUUCCAAUACUUGAGAGUCAAGUUCGACUGCUAGAUUUGCUUGAUGUCAUUAUGGCCCGUCACCAAAUCUUUGAUCGUCCUCUCUCUGCCAAGCUUCUCAGGGCAGCGAUCAAAUCUGCUGCCACUCCAGAUAGCUUUUACGGGCUGGACGUGAUCAACUUCCUUCUCCAAGAAGGAAUUUUUUAUCCCGACAUUCUUCGAGAUGUCUUGCAGCACUUCCAGCUCGAAUAUAUUACCUUAGAUCUCAUGGGAUGCAUUCUUGAGAAAGCUAAGCUCUACAACAGCCUCCAUGAGGUCUCUAUGAACCUACCAUGCGCCCAACAACAAUGUCGAAACACAACCCCAAUGUCGAUGGACGAUCUUAAAGUUCUUCAAUUCUUGCUCCAAAAAGGCGUUACAUUCGCUGACUAUGACAAUCUAAUCUACUCCAUACUUUUUGCAAUCUAUUCCUCCAAUAUCGAGUACCCUGAUGGAUUCGACCAGGACGCGAGAUGGUUCUGGGGGGUGAGAAUUAUAAAAGAACCACGUUCCCAAGUCAACACCAAGCCACGCGCUCUCCUCGUGUUAGUGAUCCUCAAGCUCAUCGCCCAACAAGGUGGUAGAUUCGAUGUGCUCAAGAAGAGAAAGUGGAAAAAUAUGGCCGGGUUAAAUGGAGACACACAAACACCACGUUCAGGUUCCGAGAGAGAUUUUUUGAGUUUCAUAACUUGGCGACAUGCGAAUAAUAUGGGAUUUGAUUCGGGAAACGGCGUGAGGCAUCGCAAAAUUGAGAAACAGGUAUUAGAAAUGGCGCUUGAAAAGCCGUCGAAGAUCAAAAAUGGACUGAUCAAGAGCGAGAAGUUUGCAGCGGAUGCUCUUGCAGCUUUUCUUGUAGUCCCAACUGCUUCGAAGCUGAAAUAUAAGUAAAAAUGUGAUUUAAGGGGCUAAUAUCGCGUGGGUUAAUUACUGUUAGUGCAUUGCCUCUACGCAUCGCCUCUACGCAUCGCCUCUAGGCGCAUUGCCCUUAAGAGGCAAUACACGUGACACUGCGAAAUUUAGGGAAUAGCUAGUCCCAAUUAGGCUUAAUUAG